CCCUUCUGGAGUUGAGAGCAUCCAUCAUUGCUUUUCCCGAUGAUCAGCAUAGAUGUCGCCCACGUCAGGUGGAUCAAUCCGCCACAUUCAUGUCCUAUCCAGACAAGGAUGUGGCCUCUGAGAUGCAGCGCAUGGCCGAUCUCGACCUCAUCGAGGAGUACAUUCGCCCUAUGGGUCCUAUCCUGAUAGGACUCUACUUCCGCAUCAUGCAUCGCACGUUUCCCAUUCUGGACAAGGGAGCUUUUCUGGAAAAAUAUGAGCAGUCAUACCGCAACUUCUCUUCGCCCCUCCUAGCCGCUGUGUGCCUUGUCGCGCUGGACUGGAAGCCGUUCAAUCGAAGAAUGACGAUUUCACCUCGGACUCCUGACACCUUAGCGCUGGAGGCACUGGCAAUGCGCACCAUGAGGGAGGAUUUGAAACGGCCGAAGCUCUCAACCUGACAGGCUGGCCUUUUACUAUUACAACGGACAGGGUCCUCCCAUGAGAUUCUGCUGGCCCAGCUACUAGCUCUGGGACGG